CAUAAAACAAACAGCGAAAGAAGGGAAAUGAAAAGCGAGGCUUCGUUUCCGAUAUCGCUGUCGCUGCUCCUAUUGAUGGCGUGCUGUUCCACGGCCUUCGUACCGGUCGCUCCCAGUAGGUUUGGACGGGURCACCGGAUCCUGGACCCCACGAACGCAUCGCCAACCACGAACGCGGUGUCGGGAACACCCAGAACACGCACGGGAAUGGUCGGCUCCGGCAGCACCAGCGAUGGAUGUGGUGAUUUGGAAAUGGAAACGGAAACGGCCACCGCCAUUGCGAAGCAAUGGAUUCGGGACUUUUCCGGAGCGCUCUCGGAAGGCAGGAUCGACGACGCGGUCGAUUUGUUUGUCGAAGACCCCGGGGAAGAAAGCCCGGAUCCCGGUGCAACACCCAAGAAAUUUCCGGCCUUUUGGAGGGACAUGGUAGCGUACACCUGGAACAUCGUCACGCUCGAGGGACGGAGCACCAUCCGCGACAUGCUGCGGGAAACCCUGCACGACACCGAAACUAUUGGCAACGGUGGAGACAAAAGAACAACCUGGAAGCUGGCGAAUCCAAGACCAUCGGGCAGGGAUCCCUUUCCUCCGCCAUUGAAAGUCUCGAUUGUCCCUGCUUCCGACCACGAGGACCCUGCCGAAUCGUCGACGUGCGAAUUUUGGUGCGACAUCGAGACGGCCGCGGGAACCGGGUACGCCCACGUUCGGCUCGAUCUGAGGACAAAGCGGGCCACCACCCUGCUGACAACUCUUUUGGACCUUCACGACAAACCCUUUCAKACGCAUCGAAAGAGGUCCCGCGGGCCGAUUCCGGGACCGGUGAAGGGACGGGACUAUUUCAAAGACACGAGAGAGCAACGCCGGGCGCAAGCGGCAGGCGSCGGCAACGACGACGAGGAGGGGGAAGAGUACCACGUUGCAAUCAUCGGUGCGGGCCAGGCCGGAUUGAGCCUGGCCGCCCGCCUCGAAGCCAUGGACGUUCCYUACGUUUUGUUCGAGGCCGGUGAUUCUCCGGGGUCUUCCUGGCGAAACGCCCGGUACCCGAGCCUUCACCUGCACGAUCCGGUGUGGUACCAGCACAUGCCCUACAUGGAAUUUCCAAAAACCUGGCCGAUUUUUGCGCCCAAGGACAAGCUCGCGGACUGGCUGGAUGCCUACGCCAGCUUGUUGGAUCUGAACAUCCGAACCAACACCAGAGUCACGCAAGCAACCCAGGASUGGGACGGCAGCGAUGGCAAAAAGGGAUGGCGACUCGAGACGGUCUCUAGAAGUGAAAAGGACGACCGCAGACGAGAACACCAGCAGCAGCAACAACGACGCGCUACGGUGCAUGCARAGCACGUCGUGUUUGCGACGGGCAAUUCUUCCCGCCCGAAAAUCCCCGAUUUCCCCGGGGCGUCUUCGGUCUUUCGUGGCACCCAGCUGCACACGUCGCAAUACAACGGCGGGAAGCCUUUUGCCGGAAAGCGUGUAGUUGUAGUCGGAUCCAACAAUUCUGGAUUCGAUGUUUGCCAAGAUCUUUGGGAGCAGGGUGCCGGUUCGGUGACCAUGAUCCAACGAACGGGCAGCAUGAUUGUUUCUAGCAAAUCGGUCUUGGACUAUGGAUUGUUUUUGUUCAAUGAAGAUCCGCAAUACCACCACGAAGACGCCGAUUUGUUGCUGACAACCACGCCGUACCGAAUGCUUGCCGAGGGAGGUGCCUGGAAAUCAGUCACGAACAAAAUGAAAGACAACGACGCGGAGCUGAUCGCACGGGUUGAAGCCGCGGGAUACAAAUUCGAUUACGGCUACGACGGAACAGGUUUGUUUGCGAAAAGCGCAACGGAGGGCGGUGGAUUCUACAUCGAUGUUGGGUGUGCGGAACUGCUGGCCCGAAAAGAGGUCCUGGUUCGAUAUGCGGACGUCGAGCGAUUGGAACCUGAUGCCGUGGUCAUAUUCAACAAGGACACCCGUCGGGAAGAGCGUCUCCCCGMGGAAGUCGUAGUGUAUGCUACCGGUUUUGAUACUAUGGAGUCGUACGUCGAACAAAUUUGUGGUCAAGACGUUGUCGAUAAAGUGGGAAAGGUGAGUCACUGCUUYCACGGCGUUGCUUUUGUUGCGAACAACCCCGCACCGCAUUCGUUUAGUAUCGGAACCUCAAAAUAGCAAAACACCGCCAUGGUAGGUUGACUCUUUACUAACUUUGUUUCGUUGUCUCUUCGCUCUGUAUUCGAAUUGCAAAACAUAAGAUAUGGGGCUUGGGACUGAAUUACAAACCAGAAAAAGACCCUGGGCCGUGGACGGGAGAACUUAGAAAUAUGUGGAAGCCAACAAAUGUUGAUGGGCUUUGGUUUCACGGUGGUAACCUUGCGCAAUGCCGACAUUAUUCGAAAUUCUUGGCCUUGCAAUUGGCGGCACGCUAUYUGUGUGAACUCGGGGAAGGCGAUGGCAACACUGGAGGCCAAACGAAAAGAUCAAACGAAGGUGCUGUAGUGUCACCUCGGGUGUACGGCAUCCCACCUCCCGCCUUCACGCAGAAGCUACCAAAAAAGGAUGGGACAGCUUCCGUUGCCUCGUCAAUAUGACGCUGAAUUUGCCUCAUUGUAAUUAAAAUAAAUGCUACCAA